CACAAAACCCCGCCAUCGUUAGCAUCAUACCUCUCUCUGCAGUACCUGCUAAUCUGCUGCCACCUUGAGCCUUUCCAUCUUGCACAUUGAAGCCUCCUCGUUCAGUCCCGUCGAAAAAGGCAAAACCCGCCUUUUCUCUCUGUUAAUGCUAAUUGCUGCCCCGCCGCCACUAUCUCCUCCAUUACCUACCUACCUACCUCUACCUACCCGACGUCUAGGUCCAGCAGCGUAGCACUCCAAUCAGUGUCUGCCUUAUAAAGUGUCCAUAGCACCUAGAGGUACCCUCGACCUCCAUCCAUCCCUCCUGGCUGGACCUCCUUAUCCGUCCUCGCUGCCAAGUUGCCUUCCUGGCUCGCCUCGCCUUCCACCCGGGAAGUGCUCAACUUGACCGUCCAUCAACAACCACCACGACGCAUCCGUUGCAUGUCAUACUGGCAUGCCAGCAGCAUUUUAGUCGUCCGGAUCAAAUCCCGUCGUCCUCCCUCUCUCCCUCCCCCCCCUCCCCCGCUCUCCCACUGCCGACACCGACUCCGACACCGUCACCGUCGGACAUUAGUAUUGCCAGGAGCAUCUUUACCUUUCAUCCUCUCCAAAGUAAUCCAUCUCCCACCGUCGCCAUCGGUCCGCCGGGCCCAAUACCGCCACCAUGAACGACGAAGACAAGGUCCACGACAUCUCCAAGAAGAUCGAGCGCGAAAAGGCUCUGAUCAAUGCUGCGCAGGCCAUGCGCCAGCAGACAAACAAUGAGCAGGUCCGCUCCAAGCUCGACACCCAGAUGCGCGAAGGGAGGAGGAAUCUCGAGUUCUUCGAGGAGAAGCUGCGCGAACUGCAGAUGAGGAGACUCGGCCAUGGCGUCGACAACAUGUCGCUUGGUGCCAGCCCAAUGUCCGGCUCCCACCGACAGUCCGUUGAUGACUUCGAGGGCUACGGCGCCCCCUCUCCUCCCCCCAAGGAGGACGUACGCGGCCACAGCUCUCACCAGAGUCAGGGCAGCGGUCCUCUGAUGCCCGCCUCUGCUCCUUAUCCCGGUGGUCCUCCUGACUCUAAUGUUCCACGGGCGCGUCCUAAUUAUACAAGGCUCGAUCUAAUCAAGUUCGAUACCCCACAUCUUGGACCUCGCAUCCAGCUGAUGUUGUCCCAAAUCCAGUUCAAGCUCAACGUGGAAGAACAGUACCUAAAGGGCAUUGAGAAGAUGGUACAGCUCUAUCAGAUGGAAGGUGAUAAGAAGAGCAAGCUUGACGCUGCCGCCAAGCGUGUCGAAAGUAAACAAAAGAUUGUCCUCUUGAAGCAGGCACUCAAGAGAUAUGAAGAGUUGCACAUCGACAUUGAUGUUGAUGGUCCAGAUGACGACAGCAUCAACCUGCCAGCCCUUAGGAAACCCCUGAGCGGUACUCUUUCUAUUCGCAUUCUCGCUGUAAAGGAUGUCGACCAUGCGCCCCUCGGUCGUUUCGCUCGCUCCCCCGAAACAUUCAUCGCUGUUAAGGCCGAAGAUAUAGUUGUUGCGCGCACAAAGCCUUCGCGAAACGACAAGUGGGAAGCCGAAUUCCACACUUUCCCGGUCGAUAAGACGAACGAAAUCGAGUUUACGGUUUAUGAUAAGCCCGCCGAGCAUCCCGUGCCUAUCGCCAUGCUCUGGGUCAGAAUCUCGGACAUCGUCGAGGAACUUCGCCGAAAGAAGAUCGAGGCCGAAAUGACGUCCGCAGGUUGGGUUUCGGCGGACCGCGUUGGCUCCAGAGCUCCUCCGCCGCAAUUCCCAAUGGGCGCCCAGAGUCCUCAGUUUGCGGCACCGCCAACAUCCCCUGGAUCACAGGAGCAAAACACCAUGAUCCCACCCCAGGCGCCUCCGCCAUCCCAAGUUGUUUCACAGCCUGUAGACGGUUGGUUCAACCUGGAGCCUUAUGGCCAGAUCCACCUCAGUUUUAACUUCAUCAAGGGGGCUCGUCCUCAGGGCAUGGACAGGCUGGGUCGCAAGGGUGCUGUCCGCCAGCGCAAGGAGGAAGUUCACGAGAUGUAUGGACACAAGUUUGUCCAGAAGCAGUUCUACAACAUUAUGCGCUGUGCGCUAUGCGGCGAUUUCCUCAAGUACUCCGCUGGUAUGCAGUGCGAGGAUUGCAAGUACACCUGCCACACCAAGUGCUACACCAGCGUUGUUACCAAGUGCAUCAGCAAGAGUAAUGCCGAGACUGAUCCUGACGAGGAAAAGAUCAAUCACCGCAUCCCCCAUCGCUUCAUUCCUUUCUCCAACCUUACUGCCAACUGGUGCUGCCACUGCGGUUACAUGCUACCAAUUGGAUCCAAGAAGAACUCGAGGAAGUGUUCAGAAUGUGCUCUUACAGCCCACGCGCAAUGCGUGCAUCUUGUUCCUGACUUCUGUGGCAUGUCUAUGGCUGUCGCCAACCAGAUCUUGGAGGGUAUGCGAACGCAGAAGAAGACUCAUAAGGAUAAGGCGUCCUCGAUGAGUGAGCGUACCCUUAGGCCGGGGAGCAAAACUUCCAUCUCGUCCGGGUCGAUCGCUCAGGCAUCGACGUAUAGCGGUUCGACUGCUUAUACGUCAAUCGCUUCGCCCGAGGCAACUGAGGCUGCCAAGCUUAUGUACAGCCAGACAACGCCCAGGCCAGGCGGCCCCGACAGGACCUCUACCAGCUCAACAACCGCCUCGGCGGCUGCGGCUGCGGCUAUGGCACCAAAGCAUAGCUCUCAGCCUUCGCAAGCCGGUUCGAUACCCGACUUUGGUGGUUCCCCUGGCUAUGGACGACCGGAUUCUCGGGACGACGAGUACUCCGCCCAGCAGCAGCAGGGAUAUGGCUCGCCGCAGCAACGGAAGUAUAACCCGGCGGACUAUGCUAAUAUCGACGCCUACUCAAGCCCACAGGCUCGUCCACAACAGCAACAGCAGCAGCAACAACAGACACCUCAGCAGGUCUCACCAAUGUAUCAGCAGAAUCCUCAGACGCCUAUUAGCAAGCCUCAGCCUGUGGCGCCAUCCUAUGAUAACCAGGUGGUACCGUCCGCCUCCGGAGUGCCAGUUCCGACCAAGAAGCCGCUACCAUCGGCCACUGAUCCCGGCACGGGUAUGAGAAUCGGUCUUGACCAUUUCAACUUCCUCGCUGUGCUUGGUAAGGGUAACUUCGGCAAGGUCAUGCUUGCGGAGACCAAGAAGAGCCGGAAGUUGUAUGCCAUCAAGGUGUUGAAGAAGGAGUUUAUCAUCGAGAAUGACGAAGUGGAAAGCAUCAGGUCGGAGAAGCGCGUCUUCCUGAUUGCCAACCGCGAGCGUCACCCCUUCCUGACAAACCUCCAUGCCUGCUUCCAGACUGAGACAAGAGUCUACUUCGUCAUGGAGUAUAUCAGCGGUGGUGAUUUGAUGUUGCACAUUCAGCGUGGAAUGUUUGGCACCAAGCGUGCUCAAUUCUACGCCGCUGAGGUCUGCUUGGCACUCAAGUACUUCCACGAGAACGGCGUCAUCUAUCGUGAUCUGAAGCUUGACAACAUUCUCUUGACUCUUGACGGACACAUCAAGAUUGCCGACUACGGUCUGUGCAAGGAGGACAUGUGGUACGGUUCGACUACGAGCACCUUCUGCGGUACUCCCGAAUUCAUGGCGCCCGAGAUUCUCCUGGACAAGAAGUACGGCAGGGCGGUGGACUGGUGGGCAUUUGGCGUUCUGAUCUACCAGAUGCUACUCCAGCAGUCCCCAUUCCGUGGUGAAGACGAGGACGAAAUCUACGAUGCCAUUCUGGCCGACGAGCCGCUUUACCCUAUUCACAUGCCCAGAGACAGCGUGUCGAUUCUGCAGAAGCUGCUCACGCGCGAGCCUGACCAGCGUCUGGGUAGCGGCCCGACCGACGCCCAGGAGAUUAUGUCGCAGCCCUUCUUCAGGAACAUCAACUGGGACGACAUCUAUCACAAGCGGGUGCAGCCGCCCUUCCUGCCCCAGAUCAAGAGCGCGACGGAUACGAGCAACUUCGAUAGCGAGUUUACGAGUGUCACUCCGGUGCUCACACCCGUUCAGUCAGUCCUCUCUCAAGCCAUGCAAGAAGAGUUCAGAGGCUUCUCGUACACGGCCGACUUUGAGUAAACAACCUAGCGUUGUCUCGUCUGUUCAAGUCGAUUGGCGGUGUGCUAGUAUUUUGGGGGGAUGAUGAACACGUACCAAAGUUGGGUGCGUGGCGAGCAACGUAGUGUGGUGAUGCUAUAAAACGGAGAAGAAUCGGUACCACAAGGCGGAACCAAGGUUGUGGUGUGGGUUGAAGGUUGAGAAGAAGAUCUAAUAGUUAUUGAACAAUACUUAACCUAUAGAAAGAGAAAGAAGAACAAGCGAAAUGAUAAAGCCUUUCGAUUCGGGGGGGUUGGAAGUUUAGACUCGAGGUUGCACGAAAGAGAAGGUUUAGUAGCUUUUCACUUUGGUUGAACACUGGUUCGGGCUUUUACUUAGAGAUCUUGAAGUAAGCGUUGUUUGAGAUACCAUCAUGGAAGAGUUUACUAUUAAACAAGGGGUUGUUCGGUGUAUAUUGUACACUAGAAGAGUAGUAGUAGAAGGUCUACCUCUUCAAUCUAAACCCUCCCCAAUUUUGCUCG